UUACCUUAGCCAUUUUCUAUCUUAUCAGUUCCUUUGCAUUUAAAAACUUCAACUUAACACACCAAGAGCGUUUUUAAAUCGUUUGUAAAUCGACAUACGAAAGCAGGUUUCCAAAAUGGGGCUUCGCUUGAACGACAAUUUUGAAUUUCCACCUCCGAAGCUGUCAGCGGGUAGCUGUCAAAACACAAUCAACCCGAACUGUCACCGUACGAGGCGCGCUGUCACAACAAACCCUCCGAAUAAUAAACAACAAAACACGUGCGCGUGGUGUGUGGUUUCCUCCCUAGCCGCAUGUAGGAAUUUGCACUAAAACACGUAAAAAAUGGUCACAGAUAAAGCGGACGGGGCGUGCCAGCUGCACGAUGUGAGGUUUUACAACUUACUGCCCCGUGCCAUCGUUUGCUCAUCGUUCGGACAGUCGUCGCGGAAGCUAGCACUGGCCAGGGACGAUGGCACGAUCGAGGUGUGGAACAUGGCGUACGCGCCCUUUCUGGAGAAAACGAUUCCCGGCGGCGAGGGUGUCUCGAUCGAGGGGCUGGCCUGGGCCGGCCAGCGUCUGUUCAGCGUCAGUCUCGCCGGCACGCUGAUCGAGUGGGACCUGAGCAAGAUACCGUGCGUGAAGCAGUCGAUCCUGGUGACGGGCAAUGCGGCCUGGUGCGUCGACGUCAGCAAGGACGAGCGGCUGCUGGCGGUCGGCACCGAGGGCGGCUACAUCAACGUGUACCGGCUGGACAACGAGGAGCUGGCGUACGAGCGCAUCCUGGACAAGCAGGAGGGCCGCAUCGUGUGCUGCAACUUUGACUGGACGGGUAACUUCCUCGUGACCGGCUCAACCGAUGCUGUGCGCGUGUGGGACGUGCGCAAUGGUCACGCGGUGCACAAGAUGACGACCGGACGCGCACACAACAAGCAGGAAACGACGGUAUGGGCGGUGCUGGUGCUGAAGGACUUCACCAUCCUGUCGGCCGAUUCGCGCGGCAAGCUGGUCGUGUACGACGGGCAGAUGGGCACGGUGCUGGAGCAGCACCUGGUCUCGACCGCCGAUCUGCUCUGCCUGGCGCUGAACGAGGAGAAGAACAUCGUGUUCGUGGGCGGCGUGGAACCGAUCAUACGCGUGUUCGACCGGGCGGACGGUGGCAGCAUGCGGACGGAUAAGCUGUUCGUCCGGUCGCACAACCGGCGCGGCCACACGCACGACAUCAAAACGUUGGCCACCUACGGGCGGUACCUGUUCUCCGGCGGUAUCGAUGCGCUGCUCGUAACGUCCUCGCCACCGUUCGCGCUCGAUACGCACUUUCCGCUGCUGCCGGGGCCGGCCUCCAUGGUGGCGGCCGACAGCCGGCUGGUGCUGCUGAAGUACGUCAACUAUCUGGAGGUGUGGACGCUCGGGCCGGCCAACGCACCGGCGCCGGCCCCCGGCGGCAACAAGGUGCUGCAGAUACGCAGCAAAAACGACGGCCAUAUACUGGCCGCCGCCAUCGCACCCAACGGUCGCUGGAUCGUGUACUCGACCGAGCACAUUGUCCGGUUGCUGCGGUACGACUACAACCGCAAGGAACCGGUCAAUUCGCGCCUGGUGCGGUGCGCAACACGCCCGAACAUUUCGCUCUGCUAUCGGGCGCAGUUUACGGCCGACUCCAAGGGCCUGUUCCUGUACGACCGUACCGGUGGCGGUACGAUCAACUUCUUCAGCUGUGCCGCCGCUGACGACAGCGAAGAGUGGGACCAUAAGCAAUCGAUCGAUGCCGGCCGGUGGCUGUCCGAGAUGGUCACCCUGUCGGCCGUGUCCCAGUGCAGCCGGUACCUGGUGUGUGCCGAUCUGGCCAGCUCGAUCGUCGUGUUCGAGCGGACGGCGGCCAAGUGGAAGCGUUCGAUUUCGCUGCCCCGCUACAAGCUACCACCGACGGCCCUUGCCCUCCAGCCGGGCAGGACGCGGGUGGCGGUGGCCUUCUCCGACCACAAGCUGUUCGUGUACGAUUUCGACCAGUUUACGUUCGUGUUUUCGACGUACCUGCGGCUGCCGGCCGGCACAGACCCGAACCAUCCGAUCAGUGGGAUUGCGUUCGAUCCACGCCACGAAUCGGCCAUGGUGCUGCAGAACGGAUCGAAGAUAGUGACACUUCGCUUCGGGCCGGACAUUGAGGAGGAGGUGCUGCAGCAGGAGGAAAACAGUCGGGCCAAGAAAAGGCGCCCGGUCGCGAACGGCAGCGAGCAGCAGGACGGCGAGGGUAGUCUAACGAAGUGCAAGCUGCGCAUGGUACGCGACGCACCGCGGCUGGUAUCGAUCGAAUGGCUGGGCGAGAGCGAGCUGGUAGCGAUCCAGGCCAAUGCGCUUUCGAUGGUCGAACAUUUGCCGGCUGCGUUCCGCAUCAAGCGGUACGGCAAGACGUAAAUCUGACUGCGUUUAUGGAAUGGGGGGGAAACAAGCAUUACAAUAAAACCUCUUCUACAUUAAA